AUGGUUGUGGCGCAGGUCGCGCAGGCUGCCAUCAUCGGGGCGGCCAACCUCGGCGGUGCUUGGCUGGGCCGCUGCCCCGCCUGCCCGCCUCAGCCAGGCUGCCGUGCGCCGGUGCUCAGCUGCCCGCCAGUGACCCUCACUUGCCCAGCGCCGCCGGCGCUGAGCUGCCCGCAGGUCACCUGCGCGGCGCCCUCGUGCCCGACGUGCGAGGCGCCGAGCCGCGAGGAAGAGGCGGGCUCGACCGGCAGCGCCGAGGGCGCCUGCCUGCCGUACUGGGCCGCGGGGCUCGUGGCGGUGCCUGCCCCCGACGUGCCCAACAUGCUGGCCGUGGCGUCAUCGUCCGACCUGGUGCCGGGGGACGUGAUCCUAGUCCGGUACGCCGAGGACGAUCUUUGGCAUGAGCGUGUCUUGUCCUGGCCAUUACCCAUGGACAAGUCAGGAGUGGUGGACUGGGUGGUGGCAACACCCGAUGGCGACAUGUGUAUUGAGACCAUCGAGGGAGGCAGUCCAGAGGAGAGCCCGGUGGAGUGGAUCCGCCCGGCUGCUGAUGGGCGCCUCCCGGCCACGUUCCAGGACCCCGUGUGCGCGUUCCCACGAGCGGACGUGGUGGACGACUUCAUCGCGAAGUGCGUGAAGCAGGGCACCGCCCUGGCGUUGAAGGAUUCGAAGGAGCACGACGAGACCCCUAUUUCCUGCUCCGUCGUGCGGCUGGCGAACGGGCGACGGGUUGCGAUCGAGGACUUGGUUGGCAAGACGUUCGUGCAGCCAGCGCUCCGCGACUCCGUCGCCGAUGGCAGCGGCGGCGGGAAGGGCAGCAAGGACGACUCCGACGGCAGGAUCGUGACAGGAACGGUGACUCCUGGCACAAGCGUCUGGCGGGUGGUCGAGGAGGGCAACUCCCUUGGCUACGAGGUCGGCCGCGAGGUGAAGCCCGUGACGGUGUUCGUAGGCUCGAAGGGCGUGUACUCGCCGGACGGGAAGGACGCGGUGUUCGUCGAGUGCAGCGACGAGGACCAGGCGGACUUCGUCCAGCGCGUGACGCCGCGGCCGAAGGUGGACCCCGCGCCUGUGCAGGACGCGCGGACGCUGUCCAUCAAGUUCAGCCCACAGGGCCGCAUGCGGGAUUGGCGAGACGUGGUUGACAGCUGCCAGCAGGAGGACUUCGCUGACUUCCCCGUCAUCGGCCCCAGGAGCAUGAGCUGGUGCCUGCAGUUCCUGCGUCGCCGACACACGCCCCUGGAUCAUCAUUUGAUGUUCCGCAGCACUUGCUCCUUGAAGCCGGAGCAGUGGGGAGUGGCCGAGCACGAAAUUCUGCUACGCAGCAUCGAGCUCGCUGGGCAGUAUGACCACUUGGACGUCACCAACCUGGCGCGCAUGGAAGCAGCAGCGCGGCGAGUUCAGACCAUCGAGUGGGCGUGCCACGGCAAGAUCAGGGAGACCGACGCGGGUUCCAACUCUCGGCUGUCGAUCGAGGAGGCUACGGCGUUCGCGGGUCUCAGUCGCGCUGUGGGCCCGAUGAUGGCGUCGCCGGCGCUCUUGGACCACGCGAAGCUGCAGGUCGAGAAGGACGCGGCCAUCAUGAACAAUAUCAGGAAGGCGAAGGAGGAGAGGGAGCUGCGUCGGAAUAAUAAGGACAACAGGGAAAAGGGGUGA